AUGGGAGACUGGAAUUUCCUUGGAGGCAUUUUAGAGGAGGUCCACAUUCAUUCCACAAUUAUUGGAAAGAUUUGGCUCACAAUCCUCUUCAUAUUUCGAAUGCUUGUCCUUGGAGUGGCAACUGAGGAUGUUUGGAAUGAUGAACAAUCAGAAUUUAUAUGCAACACUGAGCAGCCUGGUUGCAGAAAUGUGUGCUAUGAUGAGGCCUUUCCCAUCUCCCUCAUAAGAUACUGGGUCUUGCAAGUUAUUUUUGUGUCUUCCCCUUCCUUGGUGUAUAUGGGGCAUGCCUUAUACAGACUAAGAGCCCUGGAAAAAGAAAGGCAAAAGAAGAAAGCUCAGGUAAGGGUGGAACUUGAAAGCACUGAAUUAGAAAUGACUGAAAAUCGUAAAAGACUGGAGAGAGAGCUCCGGCAGCUGGAUCAAAGGAAGCUGAACAAAGCACCCCUGAGAGGCUCUCUGCUCUGCACUUAUGUGAUACAUAUUUUCACAAGAUCUGCAGUGGAAGUUGGCUUUAUGAUUGGGCAGUAUCUUCUUUAUGGUUUUCACUUAGAUCCCCUUUAUAAAUGUCAGAGAGACCCAUGUCCAAACACAGUUGACUGCUUUGUAUCUAGACCAACAGAAAAGACAGUGUUUAUUUUAUUUAUGCAAUCAAUAGCAACUGUAUCAUUGCUUUUAAAUAUCCUAGAAAUUAUCCACUUAGGAUUCCGAAAAAUUAAAAUGGGACUCUGUGAGCAGAACAGAACCAAAGAUGACUCUGAGAGUUUCUACAUAAACAAAUCUAAGAAAUACUCUGUGAUACCACACUCUUCUUUGGGAAUAUCCACCACCCCUCAGAAAACACUGCCUUGUGCCCUUAGCAAUUAUACCUUUCUGAUGGAAAAGCAAACUGACACUAUGCUCUACCCAGUUUUAAAUUCUCCUUCUGUGUUUCAGUCUGUGCCAAAUAACCGUGCAGAAAGCAGCAGCAAUUACACCCACUGCAAUCAGGAAAAGAAAUCUCCAAAGAAGAGGCCAGCUACAAAUGCUUUGGACAAUCAGACUCAAAAUGCUAGCACAAAUAAUAACGAAGGCUUUCUUGGUGAGCUUUGGACUGAGACACACAAUGCACAAGAAAAGACUGAAAAGAAACAUUUUCUUGUUGAUACUCAGAUUGCAGACACUGCUGCAAACAUGUACUUGAGAAGCUUUGCUGAGAUGCCAUCUCAAACUUCAGUGCAGCCUGGUACAACUUUUCCUGGUACCAGUUGUGGACGACAGGCAGUGGUUGAGAGCACAGGAGCACCAACAAAUUCUCUUCCAAAGAGCAGUGACAGAAGACAAAGCAGUUUCAGUGCAAACAAAGCCCAGAUUCCUUACAAUGCUGAUGGAAAAAACUCCAGCCGACCAGACACUUCUGAUUCUAUGGGGGUGGUGAGCUCAGAAUCCACACAGAGCAGAAACUGGAGCAGUCCUAAGCUUUUCUCUCUGUCUAGACAACAGUCACUGUCAAGCAAUGCCAGCAGCAGGCGUGCCCCCACUGAUCUUCAAAUAUAA